AUGCACAACACUAUGGCGAGAAACGCCAGCAGUCGAGAAAUCACACCCUUACAAGGAGAGUUACUGCGAGCUCUGAUCAGCAGUGGCAUUUCCAAAGACGCCCUUCUUGGCGCUUGCGAUGAGUUGUACGCAAAAUUGGCGCAGAGCGCUCAACGCGCAGAUAGUACAGCUGCAGAGCAACAACCCAAGCACAACUCCAGCGAUCAUUUGCAAGGUAUUCAGGUCAAAAGCGAGGCAGUCAAACUCGAUGAAGCUCCUCAGAGAAGGUUGAUAAGAGACGUGAGCUUAGAGGCACAACAGGUCAGCUUUGUUGAUCAAAUGCUCGGGUAAGUGUUUACUCCUCGUAGUCGACUUCCACUUCUUGGAGUCAUGGCGCAUAAUGCAUUUGUCUGAGAUCCCUUGGUGGGCGGACUUAAAUUCGCAUUCGCUGUUGCCAAGUUCUGUUGCAAGUUGAUUGAGGAUAAGAAACUUUGCAUGUGUAAUACGUUACUUGCAUUUUAUAUUUAACCGGCUUUCUUUAACCUCGUGAAUAACUCAUCUUUUGUACUCCCUAGAGCGCGUCUUUUCUUUCCUUCAUCGAACGUAUUUUGAUUUCACGCGUAGUUCCAUUGUUCGCCGAUCUAAAAACUUUACUUGCCUAUUGUUAACCUUAACUGGUGGCACGCGACUUGUAUCGAUCGAAUGUUCGAUUCGCAUCAGUUCGCCGGAAUAAAAACUUGACUUCCAUCACACGGUCUGGCGCACAGAUCACGCCGAAGAACUGAUCCGUCACCAAAACCAACGCCUCCUCUCACCUGAACUUUCCAUCAGCCGACCAAAACUAAUAGAUGUAUUGGCAAAUGUCGAUUUUCAACAGGCUUCAUUGCGAGAAACACACGUUCUUGUGUGAAACGAUCAUGUAAUGUAACGGGGUCGCUUUGCAUUAUUUAUGAAAUCAAUUCCCAACUUAUAUUGUGUUGUGAAUAGAAAAUCUAUCGCGUUAAUGAUUUGCUCGGGUCCAUCAUAAAGAAAGGCAAUUAAAUAUUAACUUCAAGAGCGCAGAGGAAGUGGAGUUCUAGGCAUAAAUAUACAAUACUCGUAUUGAGUGAAGCAUGGCGGAGCAAGACGAAUUCUCGCUAUUUUUUUAUCUGUAGCCUACUUCGUUCUCCUCUUCGGCGCAGUAAGGUUUCGUUGUUGAUUGCAUCCUCGUUGACAGACGAGAGGGAAGCAAUAAUUAGGCACUUUCUCUUUCUUCUAACGACACGUUCCUUUAGAAUCGUCGUCGGAAAAGCUUCACCGAAGCGAACUGUUGACUUAAGCGUUCGAUGCUUUACAAGAGUUGUUUCAAGCGAUGCAUUCGAAGGAUAUUCGCGUUAUAUUUCGCUUUCUUCGUGUUUCUUCCCACCCUCUGAAAUUUUAUCUCACGAGGCCAUGAGAAUUCCAUGGUCGUCAACUGAUCGAAAGACAAUAUGUGAGGUGACGCUAACAAUAAUAUCAGCUGUAUAACUAAGGUGUAUUACUCAGGCAAGUGCGUUUGAAACUUGUGUCACAGCAACAUUUUUUGUAGUAGUUUCCUCGUAGCUUGCACGAAAUGUAUACAAUGAAAAAAUCCAAAACAACCAUUAUCUACACCGGAAAUGGACUCACAUUAACGGGAUUGAGCAGAAAAUUUCUUAUCAUCAUUUUGAAAGACUUUUGUGUGCGUUCAUUGCGGUGUACUAGGAUAAGAAGGUUGUCAAUUUUUUUGAAAAUUAAUCUUUUCAAGGGAGAAAAAUUAAGCUAAGUGCCUUUUACAGUCCAUAUUGCCUGUGCUAUUUUAAAAAAGUGUGGCAUUGAGUGAAACCCAUAUUCAGUGACAACAAGGUCUGAAGUGAAGUAUCAAAACUUGACAAUAACUCCUGCUGGUCACAUAGAGUAUUAAAAAAGUUGAAAGAAAAUUUAUUAUCUAUGGAAAGAUUCCAAAAAACAGCAUGUUUAACCUUUUACACCUUAACUAUAACAGACAACACAGCAGAUUUGAUGCGACACCAGGAAUCACAUUUUAGCACGCAUUUAGUCCUUAUUCACUUGAAAAGCAGUGAGAAGAUACCUUGCAGUAGAGCAAUACUUUAGGGCAGUGUGUGGUUGAAACUGAAAAAAAUAAACCAAUAAACAAAAGUUACAAAAGAGAAAAAUCCAAGCUGAAAGCGACACAAAACCUAAAUAGACAAUUCCAAAAAAUGACUCUUACAUUUGUCAUUGCCCUGGAAAUGGCUACAUAAACUGUACUGUAUACUGCAGUUGUGUUUCCAAGUAAACCAAAAUAAACUGAAUAACUAACAUCAGUAUUCACAUUCUCUACCCUGAUCUUUUUAAAUUUCCUGUAGUAAUGACAAGGAGAAUUUGUUUGACAAUCAGAAGCUUCUUAAACUGGUGAUCAUUUCCAUUAUUCUCAUUACCUUAACAUUUUAUUCAAGGGUGAUACUGGGAUGAGAAAGUAGAAGUCAGUCACUUUUAGGGUUAAGGAACUGGUUUGCUCUUGCUCUCUGACCAAUUCCAUCCUGGACAUUUUCACAUUUUCCACCUUCUUUGAAGUAUUUGAAAGUCUCUGAGAAAUGAAAUAAAUCUUCUAAUCCCCUCAUAACUUUUUAAAAUGAAUGUUAAAUGACUCUUUUUGUAGAAGAAGAGAACUCAAUAAAUUAAAUCUCUUGGUCAGUAAGUGCCCCAUUAAUGAUCAAAUUAGUUGGCAAUAUUUCACUGUGCACCUUGUUAAAUUCAAAAGUUUGUUUGAAUUGAAAUCUUUCCCCUUCUAUUUAAAAGCAGAUGCAUAAUACAUACCUUACUAUACUUGUUUUGUCUCUUUUGUACUGUACGUAACAAAAUGUUGUUUUUUCCACCUGGCUUUAUGGCCUGCACCUCAUGAUUGGCCAUAGAUAAAAGUGAACAAAACUCAAUCCAUAACCUAAAGUACAGACCCUGGGGUAUAUGUUCUCUCUCCAGAGUUGUAUAUUCCUCUCUAUAUAUUUUUUUUUUUUUUGGGGGGGGAUGGAGGGGGGCAGCGGGAAUGGUUCCAGACUGUGGGUGUUCAUUCAGUAUUCUCAGUUUGUAGGAAGAGACAAAGACAAGGUAGUGGAAGUAAAAAUUUAACAGGGACCCCGCAGCAAGUUUUUGAGUGGGGAGGCUAUUUUUGGCUCCAUUAUUUUUGUUAAUUUUUUUUGUUUGAUUUAUUUUAUUUUUGCAAAAAAGUGGGGGGGGGAUAAAAGUCCCCCCAGUCCCUCCCUCUGUGCAGUCCCUGUUUAAAGGGAGUGGACAUGUUCCAAAAUCAAACAUCUUUAGAUUUUGGAUUUCAUAGGUUGGUAUCUCUGCCUUCAAGGCUCGGAACAAAUGAUGUUUAUCUUCAGUGACAAUCAUGGGACACUUUUGAACUUUUCACUGCCAAGAUCAAAUCAGUAAUUCUCCUUACUGUCUGCCAAACAUUUGCCAUACAAUUUUUAUAAUGUUGGUUCAGAGAAUCUAAUAUUGGAUCAACCAGUAUUCCUCUAAUAGAUAUUUUAUUUACUCUCAUCACUUCACUGCCUGAUGUUAUUGUGAUAUUGUUAAGAGAAAUUCUGUUUUGGUCAUUCAUGAGAGUCAAAGGGUUAAGGGGGCAGACAGUGGAAAUUUUAACAGUCAUCAUCUAAAGAAAAUUCGCUUUAUUAUUUUUUAAGUUCUUAAAAUUGUAGGACAAUAAGAUAGUCUGAGGCUGAAUUUUUCUAAAUGACCUAGAAUGGACCCAUGGCAAGCAGCAAAGGUGAUUAAAAUGUAUAUGCAGCAACACAACAUUCCACAGCGGGAAGUGGUGGAAUCCACAGGUUUGAAUCAGAGUCACUUAUCACAGCAUCUUAAUAAGGGUACUCCUAUGAAGACAAGCAAAAGAGCAGCGCUCUAUACUUGGUUUGAGAACAAGAGGAAAGAAAUCAUUGAGCGUAAGGAAAUUUUUUGCAUUUUUAUUACAAUGUUAUUACAAUGUGAUACACAUAUCAACAAUGUGUGGAACAGUUGAAGAGUACAAAUGGAAUAGAUGCAUUUAUUCUUUAUUCUUCUUCUUUUUGCUCUUACCACAUUUUAAAGUCACCUGUGAUCUUAAACUGAACAGCACAUAGCAACAUGGAAUCUUUUUCUUAAAUAGAAGGGUUCCAAAGAAGACAACACAAAUCUUAACCCUUUAACUCCCGGAAGUGAUUAACAUAAAACUUCUCCCUACAAUGUCCAUACAUUCUUCAGCAAACAGGUAAAGAGAAUAUUCAAAGUUGUCAGGUAGAAGCUGCUAUCUUGAUCUAGCACCAAGUUCUCAUAACUAAUUUACAAGGAAAUGUGUAGCAGCUAGAGGGGAGAAUUAACAAUCACAUCUUGGGAGUUAAAGGGUUAAUAAAAAAAUAUUAAAAAUCAAUGCCUGAGUAUAUAAGUCUUUUUUCUAUUUACCCGUAAUGCAGGAUUCAUUACCUACAAGAUUAACUCCUCUAAAAGUUAAACCAAAACUAACAAGGGACUUGCGACAAGGUAGUCUCUCUGAUUCAAUGUCUAUUUUCAUCAACAGAAUACAACACUCCUGGUAAGAGACAAGUUUCAGAGAGUGAAGAAGUGGAAGGAAGUCCAACAAAGAAACCAAGAAGAAACAGAUUUAAAUGGGGACCAGCUUCCACAAGUAUCCUGUAUCAGUCAUAUGAAGAACAGAAAAAUCCUUCUAAGGAAGAACGGUAACAGGAUCACAAACUUGUAUAUCUGUGUUGAUGUAUGUAUUCUCUCACUUUUCAUUUGUUAAAAAAAUUUAGUUCCCAAUUUAAAUUUAACCGUGAAAUAUUAUACCUCAGGGAAGCAUUGGUGGAAGCUUGUAACAGGGCGGAGUGCAGUCAGAGAGGUGUACCAUACGAUAAUGUGGAGGGACUAGGUCCAAAUCUUGUAACUGAGAGCCGUGUUUAUAACUGGUUUGCCAACAGACGCAAAGAGGAAACAUUCAGACUUAAACUGGCAAUUGAUGCCUCAAGCUUCCCAGAGGCUCCUGUUACAACGCCAGGUGAGAGUCACUUUAGAAAAACGAGCACCAAACCACUUCAAUUUUCAAGGAAAUACCUUUAUCAGUUUACAUUUUGGACACCCUGGGUAUUGAUUUCUUUAUUCUUGUCUUCUCAUGUUUAUAGUGUCUAGCACCAGAUACUUUAGAUCAAGAGGUCCAAUUUUUAGCUAUGGCUGGAUCAUUGUGAGGUUUCCUUAGGCAGGACACUGUAGACAGUGCCCCUCCCCUCCCUGGAGUGUAAAUGGUUACCACAGGAUAACCAAUUGAUAGAAGUUAACCCAUAAACUCCUAAGAGUGACAAUUAUCCAAUAUUUCCUUACAAUAUCACCUCUGAAUCAUUCAUCAAGGUCAUGAGAAUUAAGGAAAUGAUCACCAACUAAAGAAGCUUUUAAUUGCUAAACAAAUUUUCCUUGUCAGCUCACUAGGAAUUAUUUAAGAUUUACUUGGUAAUCAACUCUUCUCAAAGGAGAACUUUGUACAGAUGUCAUUUAACAUAGAGUGAAAUUUUGGUACACUUAACCAUUGAACUCCCAAGAUCUGAUUAUUAAUUCUCCCCUCUAGCUACUACAUAUUUUCUUAUCAAUUAGUAAUGAGAAUUUGAUGUUAGAUCAAGAUAUCAACAUCUAACUGAUAAGUUUGAGUGUUUUCAUUACCUUUUUGCAGAGUAAUGUAUGGAUAUUGUAGGGAAAAGCUCCAUAUUAAUCACUUUUGGGAGUUAAAAGGGUUAAUAGCAAGUCAAGCAUCUUCUCUACUCAUUGUUAACAUUAUUCCUUUAUGCACAUAUGUCAGAGUAUUUUGUGUAAUGCAGGUCAACUGGCAUCCCCAACUCCAAACACAGCAAUGUCACCAGUGAUCCCACACCCCAUCAUAACUACUUCAGUACCUACUGGUUCCAAGGCAACGUCACCUCAGUCAGGGCUCCCAAAUCCUUCUGGACUGACUAAUCCAGUAGUAACAACUCAACAUGUGCAGCAGAUACCUCUGCCUUCUGGUCAAAUUAGUCAGGUGCAGCAAAUGGUUCCAGGGCAACAAGGUGGGGUUUCACUAGGUCAACAACAGGGAAUAGCUUUAAUGGGGAACUUUGUUCCAGGUGUUUCUCCACAGGGAAUGCCUAUCAAUCUAGCCAUGAUGCCACCACCGCCAGCUGGACACACUCCUACCUGUCAAGUAGCAGCACAGCCUCAAAUGAUGCCUAUUAGCAGCAUCGCACAUCAGCAACAUCCAAUGCAGGUUUCAGGCAUGAGCCAGAUGCCUGUCAUUGUAUCUAUGCCACCAGGAAUGGAUGGAUUGCAGCCUGGAAUACCACAUCUACCAGAAAAUAUUGCACAAAUGGCUGCGGGUGCCCCCAUGAUGCAAAUGCAUCCCAUUCCCAUGACAACACUACCAAUGCCACCACCCUUGCAGCCAAUCACAUGUGGAGAUAUGUCACUACCUCCUCCUCUACAGCCUUUGUCUGUAAUGUCACCUGCAGUGCCAAUACCUAGUCAGGCUCCAGUUCCAGUCAGUAUUCCACCAUCUAUUAACACAAGCUUGAAUACCAAUGAGAGAACACCACAGAGUGACCCUACAUCUCCUAUAUAUGAAGUGAAACUUGAAACUGCAGUGAAAGAUGCAAUCAUGGAAAAAAUUGAUACAACAAACACUACUCCAGAGAAGGGCUGUAAGGCAGAAUUGAAAUGCGACAGAGUCAAAGUUGAAAAUGGUGAUGAUGACACAAUCAUAGCUGAAAAUGUAACAAUUAUGACAGAAACUGAGGAGCAAAGCAAUGAAAGUUCAAAGUCACCAAUAAAAGAUACAAGGAAAAAUGGAAAAUGUUCUGGCCUUGGAGAGGAAAGUAGUCAGUCGUCAUCAAAGGGCAAGGCUAUACGACAUAGCACUGACCAUUUCAAUGGGGACAGCUUGUGA